AAAGAACAAUGGAAUGAGCUUAGAGUAGCUGCAGAAACACAUUUGUUUGAUUCCCAUUUGUUUCACCCUUUUGAAAGAGUUGCAGUGUCGCAGCAGACUGAGUCUCUAGCUUCGGAGGAGUCUGAGAACGUCUUAAGUGUGAUAAAUGGAAUUAAUGUGAAAAGAAAGAAAGAGAAUACGGAAUUGGAAGCACACAGUAUAAAAUAUGAAGGUGAUUCAUUAGAUGGUCCGGUGAUCUCAUCUGUUUUUUCCCUCAGCUCUGGCGCUGUAAAUAUCCCGGAAGGAAUUAAGUGGGAUGAUACAUUGCAGAAGAAAAGAUCCACAUCGUUGUUGUGCAGAAAGAUUGCUCAGCUGAUGUCCGCUGUUGAAUCGAAUGUGAAAUCUCAAUUAGCUGCUUCAUUAAGACACAGUAACAGUCAGGCCUCUAAGGAGAAAAUGUUAUUGCCAGAAAAAAAGAGUGAAGAAACUAGCUCAAAUAUGAUAUCUGAACAAGAGCUUGUGCCUUCUCCUCAGAGACCAAAGGGCGCCACUUUUUCUAAUGAGUGUUCUAAUAAGCAAGAACAACCAUUGGAAACACUCAAAAAGGCUAAAACUAAAACCAGGGUGAGUACAAAAACAACCACUGCUUCUCCGGCUUUCAUUCCUCAAGGAACAGUACUGAGAGUGCUAAACUGCAGUAGUUCUGAGGCCCCAACUGAAAAACAAAAUGGGAAUGAAAUGUCACCACCCCCUUCUCGAUAUUGCAACAAAAUGUUUAUCCCAAGGCCAGUUCCUUGCUGUGUUUCUGCCAGACUUGACAAAGGUCCAACUCUGCCAGCUGAGAAUGAAGUUAACGGGGUUUCUAGAAAUCUCUGUGUAUCACAUGGUCACACUUGCCACUCUUCUGCGCCAAGUAACGGCCAAGAAAAUGGUAUGUUGUCGUGUCAAAAAGGCAGCAGUCCAAGUGGGUUAAGCAAAAGGGCCGUGAAAGGUGAAGACCCAAAGCAAAGCUGAAACCGUUUGCCCCAG